UUCUCUCACCAGGUUUAACCACUUCUCACUGACUUUUUCAAUCUUCCCAAAAUGCUCCUCCACCGCCUCCUCCGCCGCUCCCUCCACCGCCUCUCCUCCCCCUCCUCCUCCUCCCCCGCCGUCUUUGUCCACCACCACCACUUCUUCCACAACCUCACCCACGACCCCACGACCCCACAAAUUAAUUCCAACCCUAACCCUAACCCUCGUCCCAUUUCUGCUCCUCCUCUCACCCGCACCUACGCCUUCUCCUCCACCGAAGAAGCCGCCGCCGAGCGCCGCCGCAGAAAACGCCGACUCCGCAUCGAGCCUCCGCUCCACGCUAUCCGUCCCAACCCGACGCACCCACCUGUCCGCGAUCCCAACGCCCCGCGUCUCCCAGACUCCACGUCUGCUCUCGUCGGCCCCCGCCUCAACCUCCACAAUCGCGUGCAAUCUCUCAUCCGGGCUGGCGACCUUGAUGCCGCUUCGUACCUGGCGCGUCAGGCCGUGUUUUCGAGCACGCGCCCCACGGUGUUCACGUGCAACGCGAUCAUUGCUGCGAUGUAUAGGGCGAAACGGUAUAGCGACUCCGUUGCAUUGUUUGCGUUUUUCUUUGAUCAGUCUGAUAUUGUGCCUAAUGUUGUGUCUUAUAAUAAUUUGAUUAAUACACAUUGUGAUGAGGGUAGAGUGGAUGAGGGUUUGAGAGUUUAUAGGAAGAUUAUUGAAACAGCGCCGUUUAGUCCUAGUGCUGUGACUUAUAGGCAUUUAACAAAGGGUUUGAUUGAUUCUGGGCGAAUCAGGGAGGCGGUGGAUUUGUUGAGGGAGAUGUUGAAUAAAGGGCAAGGCGCAGAUUCGUUGGUUUAUAAUAAUUUGAUAUCUGGGUUUUUGAAUUUGGGCAAUUUGGAGAAGGCAAAUGAGUUGUUUGAUGAGUUGAGAGAAAGGUGUUUGGUUUAUGACGGGGUUGUGAAUGCCACUUAUAUAGAGUGGUGGUUUAAGCAAGGGAAAGAGAAGGAGGCGAUGGAGUCAUAUAAGUCGUUGUUGGAUAGGAAUUUUAGGAUGACUCCUGCUACUUGUAAUACUCUUUUGGAGGUUUUGCUGAAGUGGGGACAGAAAGUGGAGGCGCAGGCUUUGUUCGAGCAAAUGUUGGAUAAUCAUCAGCCACCUAAUAUCCAGGCAGUAAAUUCGGAUACAUUUAAUAUUAUGGUGAAUGAGUGUUUUAAGCUUGGGAAUUUUUCGGAGGCAAUUGAUACUUUUAAGAAGGCAGGGACACAUCCAAAAUCCAAGCCUUUCGGUAUGGAUGUUGCAGGGUAUAAUAAUAUUAUUGCAAGGUUUUGUGAGAAUGGGAUGUUAGAGGAGGCGGAGAAACUGUUUGCUGAACUGUGCUCAAAGACUUUGACACCAGAUGUCACGUCAUUUAGGACGUUGAUUGAUGUGUACUUGAAGGUUGAGAGAAUUGAUGAUGCUUUGCAGAUGUUUAACCGGAUGGUGGAGAGUGGUUUGAGGGUGGUUGUGAGUUUUGGGACGAGUGUGUUUAGUGAGUUCGUUGACAAAGGUAAGGCUGCAGAGUGUGCCCCAAUCUUGACGAAAAUGGGAGAGAAAGAUCCUAAACCGGACUUCUUGAUAUAUGAUGUUGUGGUCCGAGGUCUAUGCAAUGAAGGCUUAAUUGACUUGAGUAGGGAUAUAGUUGAUCAAAUGAUAAGGCACGGUGUUGGUGUUACCCCUGCACUGCGGGAUUUUGUACGUGAGACUUUUGAGAAUUCUGGACGAGGUGAGGAGAUUGAGAGAAUUCUAAAUAUGGAUAGAUGGGGAUAUGCUGCUCCUCGUCCACCACCUCUAAUGACUGGACCACCACGAGUGCCUGGACAUCAGCCUUUAGGACCCAAUCAAAUGUCAGGACAGCAGCNCUUG